AUGGUCUCCACGAGAGAGAGACGUGACUAUCUUGGAUCCUCUGGGGAGCCUCAACAACGUCAAGAUGCUGACGAGGCAGAGAAGAGUCUCUACAGAUCAGAACACCUAAAGAAACACCAGCGGAAGAGAUUGAUCUCUUCAACGAAACUUAAAAGACAUCAGAGAAUCCACACAGGAGAAAAGCCUUAUAGCUGUGAUCAGUGUGGGAAGAGUUUUACUAAGGCAGGAGGCCUGGCUACACACAGCAGAAUACACACAGGAGAAAAACCUUACCACUGCUCUGAUUGUGGAAUGAGCUUUGCAACCUCAAGCCAACUGAUAAGACAUCAGAAAAUACACACAGGAGAAAAGCCUUAUUGCUGUGAUCAGUGCGGGAAGAGAUUCAUUCAAUCAGCCAACCUGACCGUACACAAGAGAAUACACACGGGAGAGAAACCAUACCACUGCUCCGAUUGUGCGAAGAGCUUUUCUACCUCGAGCGGGCUGAUAACGCACCAGCGAACGCACACGGGAGAGAAGCCUUACCACUGCUCUGACUGUGGAAAGAGCUGUACCACCUCAAGUGCACUGAUAUCACACCAGCGUACACACACGGGAGAGAAGCAUUACCACUGCUCUGAUUGUGGGAAGAGUUUUGCUACUUUAAGCAACUUGACACAACACAAGCGAACACACACAGGAGGGAAGCCUCAUAGCUGUGAUCAAUGUGGGAAGAGAUACUCUCAUCUAAUGUCUCUGAUUAAACAUCAGAAAAUACAUGCAGGAGAUCCACAGAGUGUGGAAUGAUCUCCAACACCAGACCUGGGUAGCAGAACCCAGAGUGUGGAAUGAUCUCCAACACCCAGA